GAAAAGGUGGAGUACAAGUCGGGAGGUGAAAGUUAACAGAAAAGAGCAGGAGGUGCAGGACUGAACACUACCUCUGCAGCUGACAGCUGGAACUCAGUCAUCCAGGAUGGACAAAGUGGAGCGAGUGAUGAAGAUGGUGAAGAGGAUGUCACCGAGGAAGAGGAGAGAAGGAAACCCAGGAGAGCUGGAGAGCCCCGACACUCUGUGUGAUGAACUGUGUCGCUUCAGCCUCUGCAUCAGCGAUGACGGCCCAUAUGGAAAAACUAAGGAUAUCUCUGGCCCAGAACACACCAUGGCUCUGAGAAGACACAGCAUACCAGAAGCUCUUCGAGGGGUGACCAUGGUGGAGCUGGUGAAGAAAGAGGGCAGCACACUUGGACUAACCAUCUCAGGAGGAACUGACAAGGAUGGAAAACCACGAGUGUCUAACCUACGGCCGGGUGGGCUGGCAGCCAGAAGUGAUCAGCUAAACGUCGGCGACUACAUCAAGUCUGUGAAUGGCAUCAAUUUGACCAAACUGCGGCACGAAGAGAUAAUUAGCUUAUUGAAGAAUGUGGGAGAGCGAGUUCUGCUGGAGGUGGAGUAUGAGCUGCCCCCUACAGCACCAGACAGCACCUCAGGGGUUAUAUCAAAGACAAUCGACAUCUGUUUGCACAAAGAGGGAAACAGCUAUGGUUUCGUCAUGAGAGGUGGCACCCACGAAGACUGGCACAAGUCACGGCCUUUAGUUGUUACCUACGUCCGGCCAGGAGGUCCUGCAGACAGAGAAGGAACGCUGCGUCCCGGCGACCGUCUUCUGAGUGUGGACGGGGUGCCGCUGCACAACGCAAACCACAGCGACGCCCUCAACAUGUUGGCUCAGUGUGGCCAGGAAGCUCUGUUUCAGAUUGAGUAUGAUGUCACCAUAAUGGACACGGUGACAAAUGCCUCUGGUCCUUUACUGGUGGAGAUCGCCAAGUCGCCGGGGGCAACGCUGGGCAUCACGCUGACAUCAGCCAACCAUAGAAAUAAACAGGUCAUAGUCAUUGACCGAGUAAAACCUGGCAGUGUAGUGGACAGGUGUGGAGCACUACAUCCAGGUGACCACCUGCUGUCCAUAGACGGGACGUCGACAGAACACUGUACAGUCCUGGAGGCAACGCAGUUGUUAGCCAGCACAACAGAACUAGUCAAGUUAGAAAUGCUUCCUUCUCAUCAGACACGACUAGCAGGAAAACAGCACGACACAGUGAAGGUCCAGAAGUCAGACCAUCCCCACAGCUGGGACCCCUGUGUGAACUACUGUCACCUCCCAAACCCAACUCUCUGCAACACGACUUCCACCCUCAACAAGUCAUGGACGGUCUCCAACAACAACACAAUCAACAGCCUUGACUACUGCAAGUCGCUGGUAUGUGCCAGUUUCUCUCCUGGCUCCACGACCACAUCGGGCCCCAGCAGCCAAAGCUCCAACACGCUGCCCAGGCCAACAGUCCCCAUGAGUCCUCGAAACUCGUUGCUCAAACGGCGGCAGAGAAAGAAAGACCACAAGAGUUCCUUGUCUCUGGCAUCCAGUUCUGUGGGUCCUGGUGGUCAGGUGGUUCAUGUAGAGACCAGCGAGGUCAUCCUCACAGGUGAUCCGCUCAAUGGCUUUGGCGUACAGCUGCAGGGUGGAAUAUUUGCUACUGAGACACUUUCUGCACCACCGCUCAUCCGGUUCAUAGAGCCUGACAGUCCAGCUGAGAGGUGCGGUCUGCUGCAGGUUGGAGACCGGCUCCUGUCAAUCAACGGGAUUGCCACAGAAGACGGAACACUGGAGGAAGCCAAUCAGCUUCUCCGAGACGCAGCUCUGACCAAUAAGGUCACACUGGAGAUAGAAUUUGAUGUAGCAGAGUCAGUGGUGCCCAGUAGCGGAACGUUCCAUGUCAAGCUGCCAAAGAAGAGAGGAGUGGAGCUGGGACUCACUAUCAGUGGACCGGAGCCAUUCACGUGGGUGACCGGAUCUUAGCCAUCAACAGCGUUAGCCUGAAAGGCAAACCUCUGAGCGAAGCCAUCCACCUGCUUCAGAUGGCCGGAGAGACGGUGACCCUCAAGAUAAAAAAGCAACUGGACAAUUUAGAGGAGGGGAAAGGAGCAGAGGCGGAGGACACAACAGAGAAUGACGUCAGCGACCCUGAAGAGGACGAUUUGACAGACAGCCAACAGACCAAUAAGCUGUCAGAGCUUUACUCCACCACUAUACCCAGUGUGGACUCUGCCAUGGAGUCAUGGGAUGGUUCUGGGCUCGACGCUGGCUACGGCAGCCAGGGAACAUACAGCCAUCAAGGAGCCGGUGUGGCCCUCCACCCUCACGAGUGGCGCAGCGCCAAACAGCAGUGCAAUGCCACGCCCCCUGUAGGGCGAAGGAAGAACUACCCGUUCAGUGAUGGAGGAUUCAGUGAAGAUGACUGGGACAAGCCACCAGGAUUCAUUGGCCAACAGCCAGAUGGGAUUCUGUUGGAUCCAGAUGACAGUUUUUGGUGCCAGGCUCUGGAGGACUUAGAGACCUGUGGCCAGUCCGAACUUCUCAGAGAGAUCGAGGCAUCGAUAAUGACAGGAACAGCCAUUAGUCUGGGUGUGGAUGGUGGCAGUAAAGCUCCGGCUGAGCCCAUACUGAGCCACAGUAGGGUGAGCCCGCUGCGGAGGAAUUCCCUUCUUCAUCAAGGAAACCUGCUGCACCAGAAUACACACCUCCAUCAGGACAUCCAUCUACACGAGGAGGCCCACCUUCAUCAAGACUCCCACCUGCUCGAGGAGGUCCAAUAUGAUCAGGAUGCACACCUGCACCAUGGAGCCCACAUCCACCAAGAACACCAAUCUCCUCUCCUGCACCACGAGCCCAAGCCCAAGGCCUCUCUGAGAGUGUCGGAGAGAACAUGGGAGUCGCGUCGGAUCAAGGAGGAGAUGCAGGGAAUCUUGUCCCCAACUCCUCUGGAGCUGCACAAAGUGAGCUCAGUGCAGUUUCUGUUCUUGGUAACGGUGAUAAAGGACCCAGAGAGCGAUGAUUUUGGCUUCAGUGUGUCUGAUGGCUUCUUAGAGAAAGGUGUUUAUGUCAACAUGAUCAGACCUGAUGGACCAGCAGACAGAGCUGGGCUGAAACCUUUUGACAGGAUCCUGCAGGUAAACCACGUGAGGACGAGAGACUUUGACUGUUGUCUGGCAGUGCCUCUGAUCACUGAGGCUGGAGACAGACUGGAGCUGGUCAUCAGCCGCAAUCCGAUGGCCAACGACAACCCAGAAGACAAUAACAACACCUUAGACCACCCGUUAGAUCUCAUCUUUGUGCUGACCAACUGAAACUUCACUGGUGCCGGGAGGGAAUCAUUUUUGCUCGGAGACGCUGCAGAAGAAUGAUCAGUGUGGUGGCAGAGAUGACAAAAGCAGUUCCUUCUCCAGUUCCAUCCCUCUGCCUGUGUUUCACCCUUUCCUCCUGCUGUUACAUGAUAGUUAGAAUCCAGCUGCUCCUCCUUAAAAAGCAUCAUUCUCCGUGUGUAAAUGUGUGGGUCUAAGGUGUGUGUGCAUGCAUGUGUGUAUUAGAAAACUAGGUGGUGUACAUUUCACUGUACAGGGGUGAUGUUUUUCAGGGGCAGUGGAUGAGCCGUCCUCUCGUCUCAGACCCACAGCGGGAGACGCAGGACGACAUGAACUCAAUGCACAAAAGAAAGAAAAGGGCACUGAGAAUAAAAAGCACACUGUUGAAUAUGACACACUGUGCUUACAUGUACUAGCUAAACAAACAUGUCUGUGUGCAUUUUAUGCAACCAAGUGGCCAAAAACAACUUCAGUAGAGAACGCGACAAAACCCUUUGAAAAUGAUGUUUUAUUGGUGUGUGUGUGUGUGUGCGUGCAUGCGUGCGUGUGUGCGUGCGUGUGUGUGUAUGAUCACCCAUAAUUCAUGUGAAUCUCUGGGUUCGUUUUAAGCCCAAUCCAGAACCGUAGACCAUGGCUCCAAUCUGUCAUCCAGGUGAUAAAACUGAACUUUUAAAACUGUUUAACUACCGUGACUCCGUAGGAUGGAGAUGUCUGAUUUCAUUUGUCUUUUAGGAGACUGUCCUUAGUUAUGGGAUGAAUUAUUGCCGUUUUACUUAGAGGCACUUUUGAGAAACACUGUGGUUUUUCUACACUGGCUGGUUUUCAUUACCUCCUGAUCCCCUUGGACAAGUCCUUAUAUAACACAAUGUUUAUUACAUCAUCAGCUGCAUCAAGGUGCUUCUGCAUUUGCUGACUUCUUCACGGCUCAUAGGCCGGAUUCAUAUACGAUGUUACACCUAACUUUUUAAACCUUAUUAUUCAGAUAACUGCUGUUGAAUGGGCGUGGCAUUCCUAAAAUAAAAGUGAAAUGAAGAGAUCCUCGUCUAACAGACUAUAUGUCGGCUCUGCUACAUUAAUCUCCCUGUGUUGUUUUGGUUUGGAUGUUAAUAAAUGACCUGGGACUCAUGGGACUCUCAGACAACAGGACGUCUCUUCACCGUGCUUUUAUUUUGGUAAGCUGACGCUAUGCUGUAGCAUUCUGAAAUUGCAUGUUAGCUAAACAUUUAGUUUAAACUACAACAAAUGUAAAUUUGAACAUUUUGAUGUGAACUUACACAUUGUAUUUAAAUUUGUUUCCAAACUUCAGCAGUACUUUUAUUUUGAAUUCCAUCUAAAUAUUUUCUUUUAAUGUAAUUUGAAGGUAAAUGAUGUAAAAAUUUUGAUGUUAUUCACCUAAUAUGAAUUCAGACUUUUUCAUUUGAUUAGAUUAAACAUUCAGAAUUAGCAACAGUCAGUUUUAUAGAAAUAUAAUUAGCUGCAUGCUAAAGGUGUGCAACACUAACAAAUACUAGAUACAAGAUCUUAUUUCCUGCUGAACAUGAGAAAAAAGUCUACAUCUAUCUGCUUAGAAUUGAAAAUCUAGAAUUAGAAAAUCCUGACAGAUUUAUGUCACGCUGUCAUGUAACAUUCAUGGACUCACCCAUCUUGACUCACUACGGUUGUUAGUUUAGCGACCAGAACUCAACGACAGUGAUAGCCUGAGCAGGGCUCGAACCUUCAACUUUCUGAUUAAGGAGCGAACACUUAACUACUGUGCAACCGUCGCCCUUAUUAUUAUUAUUAUUAUUAUUAGUAUUAGUAUUAGUAUUAGUAGUAGUAGUAGUAGUAGUAGUAGUAUCAUCAUAUUAUUAUUAAUAAUAAUGGAGAGAAAACUAUUUUGAGACUUUAAAUCUUGAAACAUCAACCAGAAUUGUUCUAAUUGUUCUCCAUAAGGAGGCAGAAGACUUGAGCAGAAUUCGGUUCAGCAGAAGUUGGAGGAAUGUUCUAGUCCUGUUAGAGAGACAGAGGUCAGACUGUGGAGCAAAUAUGAUUCAUUUGGUAUUAAAGGGUUAAAAUGAGAGUUUCUGUAACAGUGAGUUCACACAUUAUGUUUUCCAUUAUUCAUGUUUUUGAUAUUUCUGUGACACAUUUUUAUAUAAAGUAUGUAAAAGUUGUAUUUUCAGUCUUGAACAUUCUGACGUUUACGUGCUAAAUUUAAUACGAUUCUGGAUUGGGCCGUUGUGUUGAUAUGGUGUAAUGUUUUCAAACUGUGUAAAGUUCUAUUCUAUGUAAUAUAAUAUUUUUACAACAACAUUACUCUUCCAAAACACGGGAAGAAAGUAAAAAAAAAAAAAAAAACAAAGUGAAAUGAAAAGUAAAACGUAUACUUUUGGUUUUUCGUCAGUUUGUUUCUAACCUUUCUUUUCAUUUUGUAUGAAACAAAGUGAAAUAUUGAACUUCUUUUUUUGAGAAGGAAAAUAUUACAAACCAGAAAAAUAAAGUGACUAAUUUUUAA